AAAAUAUUGAAAAUACCAAAUUUCGUGAGUUAAACCACAAAGAAAACAUUAAAUCCUAUAGCGAUAAAACAAAAUAAUCAUUGAGACAAAAUUAAAUUAUGUGAAUUGCGUUAUCGCUAGUAGUCCAUCGCUAAUCGCACGAGGUUUGAAAAUGACGGAAGCAGAGGAAAUCAACGGCAGAGAAGAAGUGGAGGAUGAUGAGCAGGAUCAAAAGCAAAAGAAAUCCGACGUGAAACGACAUGACGACGGCGCCGCAGACUUGGAACGUGUUACGGAUUAUGCCGAGGAAAAGGAGAUAUCUGCGGCCAACAUUUCCAGCGCUGUGGAACAGUUUGGCAACCAGCGCAACAAGGAGAACGAGCUGCGAGUAGCCAAAGAAAAGGAGCUUCAGAAGGUCCAAGUCAAGAAGGAGGACAUUGAACUGAUUAUGAACGAGCUGCUGGUUAGCAAGGCGCAUGCCGAGAAAGUGCUCCGCGAGCAGAGCGGCGACGUGGUGGCCGCCUUGGAAGCCAUCAUCAGCAACUGAGCUGAGGUGCGAGGUGCUUGGGGAACCUGGACUAAUCGCCGUCUGUUUCUUUUAUGUAGCGUAACACUGCUUUAUUUGUACAUUUAUAAACUCUAGCGAAGAAAACAAAACAAAACUUUUAAACCCACAAGAAAAA